CGCCGUUCAGCAGCAGCGAUGCUGACCGCUGAGGAUUUCGCACAGCUGCCGCACCGCAUGUGGGAGAAGGUGUUCUCCAAGGUGAAGAAAGCCGUGGUUUUCAUGGACGACAGGUGCGCGGAGGCUCUCCACUGGAGCGGCGGGGCUGCAGCCUUGCUGGAAGCCGGGGCCAGGAACGUCAAGCAGUUUUCGAGCUUCGAAGCGGGCGGCGAGAACGAGCCCAAAGCCGUGUUCGUGGUGAGCACCUUGCUCAAAGGGAGGACGGUGGACGUCAUCAAAGACAUCGUCACCCUCAGCCACUUCCAGUACUGCGUCGUCUUCACCGCCGUCCCCCACUCCGUGCACCUGUUCGCCAACAACGUCUCGACGGACACGGAGGCCUGCCCCGUGUUCGAGCAGUUCGAGGAGAAGCUCUGCGAGUGGAUGGGGAACAUGAACUACACGGCGGAGGUCCUGCACUCCCCGGUGGUCUUCGCCCCCGUGUCGCAGCAGCUGACCGUCGCGCCGCCGUUCGCUCGCCUGUUUCCCCUGCUCCCAGCGGACCUGGAGAGCAUCAACGCCAGGCGGCCGGAGAAGAAGAGGUUUGGCGCUUUGAACGACCUGGAUGUCCACGCGCUGCCGGCGGAGCUCCAGAUCGAGAUCAAAUGCCUGGUGUCUGCGUUGAACUCCAUGUUUGAGGCCGCGGGGACGAGGGAGGAGAGCUUCGCCGUGGGGCCGAUGAGCCGCAUCAUCGCAGGGGAGCUGGCCAAUCACAACCAGGCGAAAAACAGGAGGAAGACGGCUCCCAAUAAAGCGUCGAUCAUCUUUAUAGACCGAACUAUGGAUCUGACAGGGGCUGUUGGUCAUCACGGCGACAACCUGGUCGAGAAGAUUCUUACAGUGCUGGAGCCAUUGCCCGGUCACGUGACGGAUGUGCAGGUGGACAUGUUGGAACUCACGGACGUACAGAGAACUCCUCACUCCCACAACACCGUGGCCCCCGGCUGCCUUGCUCAAAGCCAGCCGUCCUCCGCCGGGUCACUGUGGGAGACGAUGCUUACCAGUAAACAUAAAGAGGCUCUGAUGGAAGUCCGUCGCCACCUAGUGGAGGCGGCAACCAAGGAAAAGCUGCCAAUCAAGAUGAGCAUGGGCCGCGUGACCCCCGAUCAGCUGUGUUCCUACGUGAAGUUGUUCCGGAGCAGCUGGGAGGCGCUAGAGAGUCACUGUGGGGUGCUCCAGCUGGCCUUGGCCACGGCCCAGAUGCUCCGACACCCCAGCUUGGCCCGCUGGGAUUCCUGUCUGGCUUUUGAAAGGCUGCUGCUGCAGGCUCUCGGAGACGCCGAUUUCCCCGCCGUGCUAAGGCAGCUGCUGCCCUUAAUGAAGCCCCGUGGAGGCAAGGACAGCUCAUCGUCGGGGUCGAGGCUCAGGGAGGACGAGUGCGGGCCAGAAGAGCUGAUCCUCCUCUUGAUCUAUCUGUACUCCCUGGCCGAGGAGGCGCAGCACACAGAUGCUGCGGAGGAGGAGCUGGAGAAGCUGGAGCGGGAGCUGAUAGGAGCGCUCACGCUGGUCAUCACGCAGGAGACAGAACUCGGCCCGAUGCUCCAAAACCUCACCGGCUGUGCAACCCCAGAGGAACUGAGCAUGGAAAGAGCCCAUACUGCAGUGGAGAACAUGUUCAAGACACUCAGAGGUUUGAGCUACAUGAGAGACCACCUCAAGCAGCUGCGCUCCGUCUAUACUGCAAGUGAUGGAGUUCACCAGGCCACAUACCGUCCGUUCCUGCGACAGAUCCUGGAGGAAGUCUUCCACCCCGACCGACCCGAAUGCCCCGACAUCGAACACAUGUCAGGAGGCCUCACAGACCUGCUGAAGACUGGGUUCAGCAUGUUCAUGAAGGUGAGCCGUCCACGUCCCGGCGACAACCCUCUGCUCUUCUUCUUCCUGGUGGGUGGAGUCACACCUUCAGAGCUCCGUCUCAUCAAAGACACAGUCACCUCCCUCAAACCAGGAACACAGGUGCUGGUUCUCUCCACCCGCUUACUCAGACCGACGGACAUCCCCGAGCUGCUCUUCAGCACCCACAGACUCCAGCCGGAUAUUGGACUAUGAUCGGCCGGCACCAGGGACAAACACAAGCUUUGUGGACCAGCACACGUUUGGACAAUCAGGUGUCGAAGUCAAACAGAUUUUACAGAAAUGACCGCUGAUUAAAAAGAAAGAAAAAAAAAAAAACAAUCCCUGCCUUUUAUGUCGAGACAUAAUCCUCUUUCCUGAAAACAGGACAUAUAAACUCCAGCGGUGUGUUUGACGACCCGAAUGCGUCAUUACGUUAAAUCUAUUGACAAUAAAGUGAUAUACCUUUCACACAA